AUGAAAGACAUGAAAGCUGCCUGGCACCGCGUCCGAGAAGCCCGUCCCCACAUCCACCGCAGAAACAAGUCCAAGUCCCCUGCCCCAUCCACCGCCACAUCCCAGCCUGACUUCGACGCCUUUGUCCACGUACGCCGCUCCGAUCCCGACACCGACUCCAUCUCCCAGCACUCCGCCGACUCCCGCUUUUCCCUAAACAGCUCAGCAUCGGGCACCCCAGUCACAGAGACGACCCCCACCGCAAAGUUCACGCCCCUCGCUGACGUCCACGUCCCCCGAUCUCACUCUGACCGCGAUCUCCGUCCUUCUCGCAGGGACAGCGGCUCUGUCAGCGUCCGCACGGCAAGCAGCAACUAUCUGUCCCCCAACUGGCCCGAGGACAAUCCCACCCAUCACCACCAACGCCAGCAUUCCCAUCCCCGUGCGCACAGCCCCCUCCCCACUCCACCCGCUUCCUCUUCCUCCUCCUCGAGCAGCGCACAGAUCGGUCCCACAUCCGUACGCGCUCUCCCCCCACCACCGCAGCGCUACUCGUCGUCCACCGCAUCCGCAUCGACCGCCCGCCUCCCCAAUCCCCACUCGCCCACGACCAAGCACGCAUCUACUAGGCACCCGCCCGCGAUGCAGACCAGUCCCGCAGACGACGAGGCCAAGAUCGCGCAGGUGCGCGAGAUGAUGGCCGACGCGUUCGACGCCUCCGUCGCGCGCCGCGUCCUGCGCAAGCACGACGGCGACGUCUCUAAAGCGAUCAUGGCCAUCCUGGACGGCGACACCGGGCUCGACGUCGCCAUGCCACUAUCCUCAUCAUCAUCGUCGCCCGCUGUCCCGCCGCUCGCGUCCUCUUCGUCGGCUUCUGGGCAGGUACCCCGCUCGACCUCGAAUUCGAAUUUGUUGUAUAAUUCCGGAGGCGCGGGGACGCAGCAGCAGCGUCGGGACGUGCCGACGCGCCCGAACACGCCGAUCAAUAUCGAUCUCACGGCGGACGACGACGCGGAGCUGAACAGGGCGCUCAAGGCCUCGCUCGAGAGCAUGGAUCCGCCGCCGCCGCAUUUCGGGCCGAGCAACCGUCCAGCGGACCCUGCAUGGGCUGUUGUCCCAUCCAACAGCAACAAUGCCGUUACGGACCCAGCGCAGGACGAGCUUUCGCGCGCGAUCGAGGCGAGUCUCGAGCACGCGGACGUCAAGGACGUUUAUGAGCCGUGGCCGGAGGAGCGGAUGAUGCGUGAGGACGGCGCCCCGGUAGCGCUCCGCCCGUCAAACAGCCCGCUCGUGUACGCCGCGCUGAUCCUUCAAGGCCUCUACUACGUCCCGCAACUACGCGCGCGCGUCGCGCGCUGGCGUCCCGAUGCGCCGCCUGGCGCCGUCGAGGCCCCUCCGCCGACGAGCGGUCCCGAACACGCGCUGUGGUCGCUCGUCGAGAUCUUCGUGCACAUGGAGCAUAUUUGUCUCUCGGAGGUGAACAUCAAUGAGGCGGCGGCGGCGUUUGAUAUCAGGCCGUGGGCGAGUCUCGCGGAGGAUGUUGGGAUGUUGUCGUACAGGUUCUACGAUCGGCUCACUGCGCUGAUGGAACGGCUGUUCAGCGAGCAGGAUCGGAGGGAGUGUAAAAAUGUGCUUUCACCUAACCUCCUCCGCUUCGAAUUCGGCACGCACUCCAGCAGCCCGGCGGAGAUCACACAGUCCGCGGCGAUCGUCCGCGUCGAUAUCGACAGCCACGGCGGGCCCGCUGGCAGUGCCGGUGUUGGCCCGCACGACAGCUACGGCUACGGCUACGGCUACGGCUACGGUUACGGUUCAGAGGAGGAGCGGAACAACGACCUGCUCUCGUGCCUGUCCGCGCAGCUGGCGAGCAAGGGCGACGCGGAGGCAAGGCAGGAGGUGAUAUACGAGCCGUCGGACGUUGUCGCGUUUCAGCUUGCGCGCGCUGAUCCUGCCUCUUCUUCUUCUUCCUCCGCUUCCGCCGCCUCCGCUUCCGCGUCGACUUCGAAAGCCGGCGCCGGUGGUGGUGGUGGUGGUGGUGGCGCUGGCGAUGUCGCAGGAGGGGCGGGUGAGUGGCGUGCGGGUGCCGGUGCGAGGAGAGAGCGCACGCCGUUUCGCUAUCCGAAGCACGUGUAUCUGGACCCGUUUUUGAGCCAGAAUGUGGAGCUGGCGAAUGAGAAGCGCAAGUUGCAGCGGGUGAUGCGCGAGGAGAUUGCGAGGCUCGAGGCAAGGCGGCGGUCGUUGGUCGGGUUCAAGGACAAGGACACGCUGAAAGAUCUGCGCGCGACGAUCGAGUACUACGAGCAUGUUGCGGACGCGUAUGGUGAUCCUGCGCGCGCGGAUGUGCUGCGGAGCACGGCGGGGAAGCUGAGGGCUGCGCUGGCGGCGAUCGAGCGCGAGGUGGCGGGGAUUGCGGAGCGUGUUGCGCAGUUUAGGAAGGAGGCUGGGGAGGUGUUUGAUAUUCCGGAGUUGCAGCGUGCGAGGUACGACCUCCGCGCCGUGUUUGUGCACGAGGGCCUCUACGGUCGGCGCCACCUCUACUCGUACGUGCACGACCACGCGACGGACCAGUGGUGGCGGAACGAGGACUCGCAGGUGUAUCGCGUGCCCGAGUCGACGGUGCUUGAUGAUCCCGCGGGGCUGCACCUUGGAGCCGGGCCGUAUAUGCUGCUGUAUAGCCGGGCUUUGCCUGAAGGGAAGCAAAAGGCUGCGGAGGUCAAGGAGGAGCUGCCGUGGCCCGAGGAUGUCAAGGGAAUUGUACUGCGGAACAACGAACGCAUGCGCAAGGCGGCAGAGGAGAAGCAGGUGUCGGGGUGCUCGUCGGCGGGGCUUACUGCGAAAGGGGUCAAGGGCGCGCAGGACGUGUCGAUGCUGUCGACGCCGGCGCGCUCGAUGGCGCCUACGCCGUCCGAGUACACGAUCGGCUCGAGCGAUGUCGAGCCGGCGCUGUCGGAUCGGGAGAUGGACGUUGAGGUCGUUGAUAAAUGAGGUGGUGUAGCUGUGCUUAUGCUUUUUUGUUACGCGUUUGCAUCUAGUACUAUUGGACGGACGUUGCUGUUAUCACAUGAAUGAUGUUUUCUACCAUUGGACCCGAAAACAAAAACCUGUAUGUGCAUAUAUCAAGUCGACGGUCCAUGCUCAUGGUAAUACUCCCGUGCAUACAUAUAAUCCCCAGCCGCCCUUCCACUUCCUU